AUGAAUGUUCACCCACCGUUUCUGAUGCGGAUUGCCCGAGGUAUCAAGUCCAAUGCAGGCUCCUAUUCGACAAAGCCAAUGCACAAUGCCCCAGACGGCAAAGCUUAUCAGUUCAAUUUCGUAUCUGAUGACCCCAGCAGACCUGGAAUCCUUGCUCAGUCUCAGCAAUUUACCGUUCAAUCAGGUCCCCAUGCCCAGUCGGACUCCUCUUCGAGUAAUGGGAUUACAACUCCUGCUACUACUAUUACUCCUCCUCCUGGUCCCAUUCCUUCUUUGACUUCUAGCCUUACUCGCAACCCCAAUAACACUGCGAUUAUCCCUGGGUACCGCGGAAAUACUGUCUCUCUUUCUUCCAAUUCUACUGCGGCACCUACAAGCACACGCCGUUCAUCCACGACCCGUGUCGCUUCCGGGAGCAAUGCAGAACGUACUAGCAACGCAGCUCCGGUCCUUCAAGCCUAUAGUGGUGUUGGUGGCUUGGUUCUUGCUGCUCUGGCCUUCGUAGCUUGA